CAAAUGCAUUUCUUUAUCAAAAUCAAAACAAAGGAAAGCCAGAGAAGUCUGACUGAGCUGUUAUCAAACUUCCCAAAAAUUCUCCAAAAAUCAACCAAUUUCAAACCGAAGUCUCGCCAUGGGUAAGAUAUUCCUUGAUCACAUCGGAGGCCUAAAGCUGUACUCGUGCAAAGCCUGCGAAACCAAUCUGACCAACAAACGAGAACUGAUCAGCACUCGUUUCACGGGGGCCACUGGAAGGGCCUUUCUUUUUAAACGCGUCGUCAAUUUGACCUUUUCUUCGGUGCAGGAUCGAGUCAUGCUGACCGGACGCCACAUGGUUCGGGACGUGAUGUGCAAGAACUGCAAAGCCAAGCUCGGAUGGAUGUACGAAUUUGCGACGGAGGAAUCUCAGAAAUAUAAAGAAGGCAAAGUAAUAUUGGAACACGCUUUGAUUACCGAGUCUGAGGGAUUCCCAGAAGUGUGACCUUUCCUAAUCGACUCUGUCGAAUUCUGAAACAAAAUUACUGUUAAUGAUCUGAUAGAAUAACAAAAGAUGUUCAUAAUCAUAUAACAGCUUCAGCCACAAUAGGAUUAUUUAACGCUAAAUCUUUUUUUGUGAUCUAAUUUGCAUGGAUCGCGUCUUAGUGGACAUUCUUUACAAGUCUAAAAGACGGAUUCAUACUUUUACAUUUUCGAAGUUGAGCACUAAAUUUAAGUAUUAAUAAUUAUCUUAUGAAUAAAUCAAUAAAUCGGUGUUUAUUCGCGAAUAAAAAAAUAAAAUUAAUGCUAAGGAAACAAAA